AUGGAGGCACACACCCUAUCAAUGAAUAGUGGUGCCAGAAUUGUCACUACUAUUCAACGUUUUGGGUUAGAUGCUGAUAGUCAGCUUUGGGAAUAUGAUAAUGGAUUCAUCAUUAACAGAGCUUCAGGAAAAGUCUUUGAUAUUGAAAAAGGUCGUAUACGUAUAUUCCAUCGAACACGACUAUGCCAAAAUGAUCGUAAACCUUUAGAAUCAGCCAUAACUCAACGAUGGAUAUACAAACCAGGUGGUUACAUUUCUCCACUUUACAAUGAUCAUUAUGUGUUACAUAUAAGUGGUCAUUUUGGGAUAGAAAAUCUUGAUGGUGCAGAUAUAAUUUUACAUCGUAAAUGUCAUUAUAAAGAUGAGAUUAAAGAUGAAUUUGGAAAAUUUGAAAAAUUUAUUCGAUCAUAUUCUAAACAAAAAUGGAUAUUUGAACCAGAACGUACCUAA